GCAUUAUGAUCCUGGACUUGUUGUGGUGAUGGUAAACUUAGCAGUGGGAGAACAGAUCCUAUUCCAAUCGUUGUCAAGUAUGAUGUCAUGGGCAUGGGUCGCAUGGAAAUGGAGCUUGACUAUGCUGAAGAUGCUACCGAACGGCGUCGUGUCCUAGAAGUGGAAAAAGAAGACACAGAAGAGCUGCGACAAAAGUACAAGGAUUAUGUUGACAAAGAGAAGGCAAUUGCCAAAGCAUUGGAAGACCUCAGAGCCAACUUUUACUGUGAACUCUGUGAUAAGCAAUAUCAGAAACAUCAGGAAUUUGACAACCACAUCAACUCUUAUGAUCAUGCACAUAAGCAGAGAUUAAAAGACCUUAAGCAGAGAGAGUUUGCCCGAAAUGUCUCUUCGAGAUCCCGCAAGGAUGAGAAGAAACAAGAGAAAGCCCUUCGGCGGCUCCACGAGUUGGCAGAGCAGAGAAAACAAGCUGAGUGUGCACCAGGGAGUGGUCCUAUGUUCAGACCAACAACAGUGGCCGUAGAUGAAGAAGGCGGAGAUGAGGAUAAGGAGGAAUCAGUGACAAACUGUGGAACGGGUGCUGCUGCUGCUUGUGGCCUGGGAUCUGAAUUCUCCACAGAUAAAGGGGGGGCCUUCACUGCAGUACAGAUCACUAAUACCACUGGACUGGCACAAGCUCCUGGAUUACCCUCCCAAGGUAUCAGCUUUGGCAUUAAGAAUAAUCUGGGAACCCCACUGCAAAAACUGGGAGUGUCCUUUUCCUUUGCCAAGAAGGCUCCCGUCAAACUUGAAUCAAUAGCAUCAGUUUUCAAGGACCAUGCAGAGGAAGGGCCCUCUGAAGAUGGAACUAAACCUGAUGAGAAAAGUUCUGACCAAGGACUGCAGAAGAUUGGAGAUACUGAUGGGAGCGCUACUCUUGAUGGUAAAAAAGAUGAUGAUGACCCUCAGGAUGGAGGGUCCCUUGCCUCAGCCUUGUCCAAGUUAAAGAGGAUGAAGCGAGAAGAAGGAACUGGAGCUUCAGAGCCCGAGUAUUACCACUACACACCCCCAGCACACUGCAAAGUCAAGCCUAACUUCCCCUUCUUGCUCUUUAUGAGAGCCAGUGAACAAAUGGAAGGUGGUAACAGUACACGCUCAGUGAAUGCCCCAGAGAACAAAACAAGCAGUUCUCCCAAGCCUAAAGGCUGUGUUAAGGUGGCAGCAAACCAAGGAGCAGAAAGGACAACUAGUGAAGUCUCUGAGCAGAAGGAAACCACUGUGGCUGAAUCUUCAGAGCCUGAAAGUAAAACUGAAGCAAAGAAGGCCUCAGGAGAGCAUGUGGGUGAGCAGAGUUCAGAAAGCCAGAGUCAGAAGUCAUCUGAGAUGCAGAUGUGUGAGUCUCAUCCUUCUAAAGAAACUUCUCAGGCCACCCCAGCAGCGAAAGCAAGCCAGGAAGGACCCAGGCAUCCCACUGGUCCAUUCUUCCCAGUUUUGAGCAAAGAUGAAAGCACUGCCCUCCAGUGGCCAUCAGAACUAUUAAUUUUCACCAAGGCUGAGCCCUCUAUUUCCUACAGUUGUAAUCCUUUAUACUUUGACUUCAAACUUUCAAGGAACAAAGAUGUCAGAGCUAAAGGGACAGAAAAAUCAAAGGAUGUAGGAGGCCCCUCAAAGGACAAUCUCCAGAGCCUUGAUACUGGAGAGCCAAAUAAAAGCAAGGAAGGGGAAGAGAAUAUAGGGCAUUCCUCGGAGAGCAGGAUGGACACACCUACUUCAGGGGCUGCUUGUAGCAGCCUGAGCAAACAAGAGCCUGGGGGCAGCCAUGAGUCAGAGAAUGAAGACACUGGGAGAAGCCAUCCCAGCAAGAAAGAAAGAUCUGGGAAGUCCCACCGACAUAAAAAGAAAAAGAAACACAAAAAAUCCAGCAAACACAAACGGAAGCACAAGGCUGACACAGAAGAGAAGAGUUCUAAGGCAGAGCCUGGGGAGAAGUCUAAGAAGCGCAAGAAACGAAAACGAAAGAAGGAUAAGUCAUCAGCCCCAGCUGAUUCUGAACGGGGACCCAAGCCAGAACCCCCUGGGAGUGGCAGUCCUGCGCCACCAAGAAGACGGCGAAGAGCUCAAGAUGAUUCCCAGCGAAGAUCUGUCCCUGCUGAAGAAGGGAGCAAUAGUAAGAAGGAUGAAGGUGGCAGUGGUAGUACUUCGCAAGAUCACGGUGGCAGGAAACACAGAGGUGAACCUCCAGCUUCAUCUUGCCGCCGGAGAGGCGGAGCCAAACAGAGGAGCCGGUCUAGCCAUCGGAGCCAGCCCAGUAGUGGAGAUGAGGACAGUGAUGAUGCGUCAUCUCACAGGCUGCACCAGAAGUCUCCAUCCCAGUACAGUGAGGAGGAGGAGGAAGAAGAGGAGGAGGAGGAGGAAGACUCAGGCAGUGAGCACUCCCGUAGCCGCUCACGGUCUGGCCGGCGCCAUUCCUCACACCGUUCCUCCCGACGUUCGUAUUCAAGCAGCUCAGAUGCCUCUUCCGACCAGAGCUGCUAUAGUAGACAGCACAGUUACUCUGACGAUAGUUACAGUGACUACAGUGACCGAUCUCGAAGGCACUCGAAGCGUUCUCAUGACUCGGAUGACUCAGACUAUGCCAGCUCCAAACACCGGUCCAAACGACACAAGUACUCAUCGUCUGAUGAUGACUAUAGCCUCAGUUGCAGCCAGUCCCGAAGCCGAUCUCGGAGUCAUACCAGGGAGCACUCAGGAUCCCGGGGCCGAAGCCACAGCAGCAGCUGUAGUCGCAGUCGGAGCAAGCGGAGAAGCCGAAGCACCACAGCCCAUAGCUGGCAGCGGAGCCGGAGCCGGAGCCGAGAUCGCAGCCGCAGUACCAGGAGCCCUUCCCAAAGGUCAGGCUCCAGGAAGGGAUCAUGGGGUCGUGAGAGCCCUGAGGAGAGACGUUCUGGCCGUCGGGACUUCAUUCGCUCAAAGAUCUACCGUUCUCAGUCUCCUCACUAUUUCCGGCCAGGUCGAGAAGGUCAUGGGAAGAAAGAUGAUGGCAGAGGAGAUGACAGUAAAGAGACAGGCCCACCUUCCCAAAAUAGCAAUACUGUCACAGGAAGGGGUUCAGAAGGUGACUGCAGCCCUGAAGACAAGAACUCUGUCACUGCCAGACUGCUAUUAGAGAAGAUCCAAUCCAGGAAAGUGGAGAGGAAACCCAAUGUGUGUGAGGAGGUGCUGGCCACCCCUAGUAAGGCUGGACUCAAGUUCAAGGACCCUCCACAAGGCUACUUUGGGCCCAAGCUUCCCCCGUCUCUUGGUAAUAAGCCUGUCCUUCCACUGAUAGGGAAGCUCCCAGCUACCCGAAAGCCCAACAAGAAAUGUGAAGAGUCUGGCUUGGAAAGAGGUGAAGAGCAGGAGCAGUCAGAGACAGAAGAUGGGCCCCCAGGGAGCAGUGAUACUCCAUUUGGGCAUCAGUUCCCUUCAGAACACACAGCUGGCCCCUUAUCAGCCCCAGAAGAGCCAAAGUCUGAAGAAGCUGCUUCUGAUCAGUCUGUGGCUCUGCUAGGCACCUCAGCACACAGUGACUGCUACCCUGGGGAUCCAGCCAUCAUCCAUAACUACCUCCCCGACCCCAGUGAUGGAGACGCCCUGGAGCCCCUAGAUAGCAGCAGUCAACCAGGCCCUGUGGAUUCCAGCUUGUUGCCUAUAGCCCCAGACCUCGAGCACUUCCCCAGUUACGCCCCUCCCAGUGGGGAACCUAGUAUUGAGUCAGCAGAUGGGACUGAGGAUGCUUCUCUGGCUCCCCUGGAAAGCCAGCCCAUCACCUUCACCCCUGAGGAGAUGGAGAAGUAUAGCAAGCUCCAGCAGGCCGCACAGCAGCAUAUCCAGCAGCAGCUUCUGGCCAAGCAAGUGAAGGCCUUUCCAGCCUCAGCAGCCCUAGCCCCAGCCACACCAGCCCUGCAGCCUAUCCACAUCCAGCAGCCAGCCACCGCCUCUGCCACCUCCAUCACAACUGUUCAGCAUGCCAUCCUACAGCACCAUGCUGCCGCCGCCGCUGCUGCCAUUGGCAUUCACCCUCACCCUCACCCUCAGCCACUUGCCCAAGUGCAUCAUAUUCCCCAACCACAUCUGACCCCCAUUUCCCUGUCCCACCUCACCCACUCAAUCAUCCCUGGCCACCCUGCCACCUUCCUUGCUAGCCAUCCUAUCCAUAUAAUCCCUGCCUCAGCCAUUCAUCCUGGGCCCUUCACCUUCCACCCUGUCCCUCACGCUGCCCUCUACCCUACCCUCCUUGCUCCACGGCCUGCUGCGGCAGCUGCCACUGCUCUCCACCUUCACCCACUACUUCACCCCAUCUUCUCAGGUCAGGACCUGCAGCACCCCCCCAGCCAUGGCACAUGAGUUGGGGAGUGGGGACCUAGGUAGGGCCAGGGAAGGUGACCUAUAAUUCUUCCCCUGAGGGUGUUGAGCCAUUAAUACCAGCAAGUGAAAGCUGGGAUGGGCAGUGUCUGACAGCCAAAGAAUCCAGUUUUGGCUCGCAGGGAUGAGUUUAGAUUUGAGGUUUGUUUUGGGUUUACUAUCAGGGAUAUUUUUUCCUCCUUUCUAUUCUUUCUUCCCUCCUGUGUUUCUAAGCUAGGGAACACCAGUAAGUGCUACCCACUCCUCUGCAGCAGCAUCUCCAAACUGUCCAGUUUAGAUAACUCCCCUCCUCCCUCUUAGGUUUUCCUUUGCUCCUCUCUACAAAUGUUAAAACAUUUUGCUCCUCUCUGGUGAGUUGUCACCAAAGCACUUGCCAUGGGCCUAUGUGGUCCUGCCUUCUCAGUGCCACAAGGAAGGCCACACUGUCUCUCCAUCAGCGAAAGCUCCACCACUUUUGGGCAGUAUCUUUGACCAUCCCUUGGUGACUACUUGUCCCAUGUGAGGUGGGAAAGGGAGUCUGAUCUGGAACCAAAAGCAACUCAGGCUGCAAUUUGAUCCACUUUCCUUACAAACAGAGCCACGUAUUCGGCACUGCUCUCGUCAUGUCCCUCGCCCCAGAAGAGGUUCUGCACACCCCAGAAUGGAGACCCCGUCGUCAUGAGUAGAAGCGAUGCGGAACAUAAUCACCCAUGUGCUUCCCCAGGAAAGGAGCUCGUGUGUCUGAAGGGUAUAUUUUCUUCUGUUGUGUUGAUGUUUUCUUAAUUUAUAGAAUUUUUUAAUGUAAAAAUUGCACUGAACUCUAUAAACGUAAAUGCUGCUUUUUGUAGCCCAUAUUAAAAAGGUUCCAUAUUUGUAGUAUACUGCAAUAAUAUUUUUUACAUCCAGCUCUUCAAGUGAUCCUGUUCUGGUGGCUUUGUGUAAAUAUGUUUGCCCUAGUUGAAUUAAGAAACUUAAAAGGUUAUAAAAUAAAAAUAAAAAAAUAAAGUUAUUUGUUUUCUGCUAGACGCAAAAAUGACUAAGCAUGUAUAUUUUAUCAAACUCAUGUAUUUUUUGUAGUUAUGAACUAUAAAAAUGUUAAAGCUUUUUUUUCUUUCUUUUUUACUUUCUGUUUUUCUUUCUUUCUUUUUCUUUUUUUUUUUUUUUUUUUUGCUGGGACAAAAUGUUAAGUAAUCUGCAGUAAGUGGUGCCCCCAGCAUGGGGAUUUCUGAGUUACUGGGCAGCAACAGUCAACUGCAGAUGUCAGGAGGACUUUCAGUUGUGAUGAUGCUUUGUUUCACACCGAGAAGCAAGUGAGCGUCACAGAGGAUGGGGAGAUUGAAUCAACAGCUUUAUCCUCUGGAAGCAGUGAAAUUCUGUGAUUGUCUGGGGAGUGCCCGUGGUUUCCCUGGGUACCUUGUUCCAGGCAGUCUACUUGCCUUCCUAGUAUUUAGCCCCCUCUGACAGUUUUUUUAAUGUGCCUUUUGGGUUGGCUAGAAACUGAAGUAGAAGUAGACCAGAGGAUAAUAGAGUUGGGACAGUUUUCUCCUUUUGUUGGAAGGUGAGCACAUUUAUAAAUGUGUCAGUCUUUUGAUUCACAGUCCUUUGCCGUCUGCCCAGCUCGGUUCCUACAGUAGAGGCUUCUUUUCCUUUUCUCCCAUGACGCUGACCAGAACUAUCACCUCAGUCCCUCUUCCCCUUCUUGCCUUCACCCAGGCUCUCAGCCCUAGUUAACACACUGACCCAAAGGUGCUUGUAUUGCAGGUCUCAUCUCCUUUGUUGUUAGUGGUUCCCUCUGGCAUAUUCCUACAUAGUCUUGCGACUAGAAUUGGUGGAGUAGUGAACUAACAGAAAAAACAUACCCUCCUUACCCAAAUCAAGACUCUGUUCAUGCAUUUCUUCUCAAACCUUCAAAAGAAAAAACGUCUGGAGUUUGUGAGAAGUAAACGCUGGGCAGCCAAGGCUCUUGGCUGAGUCCCUCUCCUACCUGUUCAGUAUUCCUCCUCCGAUUCAGUAGUGUCACUUUUUGUAUGACCAGCCCUGGAAAACUGAAAUCAUCUGUUUGAAGUGAAGGGACUCAUUUUUCUUUGCUUUAGCCCAUGUAAAUAUUUAAAUAAAACAGUGUUAACAUUUUUGUGCUGCUUCCCACUAGGUUGUAGAUUGAGCCAUGCUCUCUGGCUGCCUCUUUGCCUUCCUGGGGGCAGUUUUCUUCAACUUCCUGAAGAGUGAUUUUAAAACCUUAAAAAAGGAAAAACAAAAUAACCUAUCCUUCCUUCCAAGCAUAACAGAUUGUAUUUAACUUUAUCACAUAUCAUAGAUAUAUAUAUGCUGUAAAAAGAAGGAAAGGAACUUUCUAAUAAACCAAUGAUUUGUGGAAACUCA